CCCCAUGUCUGAAACUUCUGGUUUUGAUGUGUUCUUCGCGGUGUACAUCCAGCCAGCCAGCCAGCCAUAUAGUUUGCUUUUCCACAUAAUACAUGAACUAUCUUGAUCUAUAUGCAUGUAAAUAGCCAAAAUAAGAAUCUGCCAUGGAAAUACUCAAACCAUGUAAAGGAAAAACAUUCAUGUCAUUUACACAUCCAGCUCGAUGGUGCUGAAGGUUCGGCGAGAAACUAAGCUGCCAGUCACUGUCAAUGAUGACAGUGGGUUCCACUUUGGGCCUGGCCGGCCACAACAGCGACGCCAAAGCAUAACCACAAUUCCAAACACAUCACAACUGCUCCUCCGCGUGCCCCUCUCAAGAUGACUUCAUACCCCGGCGCACGGUAUGGACGGCGAUGGCGCACGUCAUCACGGCGGUGAUAGGGUCCGGCGUGCUGUCGCUGGCGUGGAGCGUGGCGCAGCUCGGCUGGGUCGGGGGGCCGGCGGCCAUGGUGCUCUUCGCCGGGGUGACCGUGGUACAGUCCUCCCUGCUCGCCGACUGCUACAUCUCCCGCGACCCGGAGCGCGGCGCCGCCGUCAGGAACAGGUCCUACGUCGACGCCGUCAGGCUCUACCUAGGCGAGAAGAGCCAGAUGCUCAGCGGGUUUUUCCUCGGCUUCAGCUUGUUUGGGAACAGCGUGGUGUACACUCUCACCGCGGCCGCUAGCAUGAGGGCGAUCGAGAGAGCCAACUGCUACCACAGGGAAGGCCACGGCGCGCCGUGCUGCGCCGCCACCGCCGGCGGGUCGUCGGACGCCUACUACAUGCUCCUGUUCGGCCUCGCGCAGGUGGCGCUGUCGCAGAUACCGGACUUCCACAGCAUGGCGUGGCUCUCCGUCUUCGCCGCCGCCAUGUCCUUCUCCUACUCCUUCAUCGGCUUCGGCCUCGGCGCCGCCAAAGUGAUCGAGAAUGGAGUCAUCAAGGGCGGGAUCGGAGGCGUCUCCCUGGUGUCCCCGGCGCAGAAGGUGUGGCGCGUGGCGCAGGCCCUGGGCGACAUCGCCUUCGCCUACCCGUUCUCCCUGGUGCUGCUGGAGAUCGAGGACACGCUGAGAUCGCCGCCGGCGGAGAGCCAGACGAUGAAGGCGGCGGCGAGGGCCAGCAUCGCGGUCACCACCUUCUUCUACCUCGGGUGCGGGUGCUUCGGCUACGCGGCGUUCGGGGACGACACCCCGGGGAACCUCCUCACCGGCUUCGGGGAGCCCUACUGGCUGGUCGGCCUCGCCAACCUCUGCGUCGUCCUCCACCUCCUCGGCGGCUACCAGGUGUACGCGCAGCCCAUGUUCGCGCUCGUGGAGCGGCGGUUCGGCGCCGGCGUGGUCGACGCGGAGAUGCCGCUGCUCGGCCGCGUGAGCGUGUCCAGGCUGUGCUUCCGCACGGCGAACGUGGCGGCGGCGACGGCGGUGGCCGUGUGGUUCCCCUACUUCAACCAGGUGGUCGGGCUGAUCGGCGCCUUCACCUUCUGGCCGCUGGCCAUCCACUUCCCCGUCCAGAUGUACCUCGCGCAGGGCAAGGUGGCGCCGUGGACGGGGCGGUGGCUCGCCAUCCAGGCCUUCAGUGCCGGCUGCCUGGUCGCCUGCGGCUUCGCCUCGGUUGGCUCUGCCAUGGGGGUGUUCGGCCCCGAGAGAAGCUAGCUGCAACCAACUGAGCCAAAAUUAAUAGUCUCUAUUCUCUAGUACUUAGCUAGGAUAUGUAUAAAUGGGAAAGAUAUACUCUAAUUCAAAGGGGAACACGCCAGAGAUAUUUUAAGCACCAA